AUGCCUAUUUCUGUCCGAAAACCAGAACACAACCCCCUCCAUAUUUUAAAAUCAUCUUUGCGAGAGAAGGGCCGCCCUGCCACCAUCGCAGGACCUAUGGUGCGGUACUCGAAGCUCCCGUUUCGAGAACUCGUUCGCCAAUACAAUACCGACAUAGUUUACACGCCAAUGAUCUUGGCCAGAGAGUUCGUCAGAAACGAAAUUGCGCGUGUGAGCGACUUCACGACCAACGAAGACGAUAGGUCUGUGGUGGUCCAGGUAGGAUGCAACAAUGUGGAAGAUCUCUUGAAGUUUGUGGAAAUGAUCCAUCCUUAUGUAGACGGCAUCGGUCUCAACUGUGGAUGUCCGAUCAGAGAACAAGUGAGGGAAGGUAUCGGCGCUGCUCUCAUGUCUGAACCUGAGCUUGUUUCCAGUAUGGUGAGAGCCGUGAAGGAGAAGUACGGUGACAAGGUGUGUCUAGAAACCAAAAUCAGAAUCCAUAAGGAUCUUGAAGAAACCGUUCGCUUCGUCAAGAUGGUUGAGGAGGCAGGUGUGGAUUAUAUCACCGUCCAUGGCCGGACGAAAAACACCCGCUCGUCCCAGCCCGCAGACUUUGACGCUAUUAAGUUGGUAAAAGAGACUGUCUCUGUUCCAGUUGUUGCCAAUGGUGACUGCUUUUCAAUGGAAGAUUUCCACAAGAUAGCUGAGUACACGAAAGUUGACGGAGUCAUGGCUGUCAGAGGCAUCUUGGCAAAUCCAGCUUUGUUCGCUGGACAUGAGACGACUCCGUGGGCUGCUGUGGAAUUUUUUUGGGAUCUAGCCUCGAGUUAUGGUUUGCCUUUUCGCAUCACGCAACACCACUUAUCGCAAAUGUUGGAUAAGCUUGUCUCAAGGCGGCUUUUGAAGGAAAUGAACGAGUUGACAUGUCUAGUCGACUUGAUUGACUGGUUCGAUGAUCAUUUCAUUCUCAAACGAAGAAUGGAUAAGGGAUUUGCUACCGCGAUUGCACCAGUGUGGAAGACUGAUCGCGAGGAAUUGGCUAGAAUGUAA